AUGGCCACAUCGGCGCAGGACGCCGAUCUGAUGGACAUCGACAUCGACAUGGAUAUGGAUGAUCAAGGCCCACCUCUUGAUGAUGAGUUUGAGCUCGAAGAAGGCGAAGAACCGUCGUUUGUCCCCUCUGGCGCACCCGCUGCCACCGACUCCUCGAAUAUCAUCCCAGCCAUCUACACCGAAGACCCCGCCCUCGAACCGCAAUGGAACAAAGUCCACAUUCGUGGUGUUGACGAAAUGCACACAAGUGACAUUCUUGCCUUUGUACACGACCACUUUAGUGAAGUCGGCGACAGCGUUCAUGUCCAAUGGAUCGACGAUACCUCUGCGAACAUUUGCUUCAAUGACAGUGAUACCGCAAAACGAGCGCAGCUGGCAUUCCUCGCGAACUCGGUCACGGUCGAAGAAUUGACGAAUAGCCCGUUCGAAUUGCGCGCCACGAAACAAUUGGCCAGCCGGCCGGGAAGUAUGCUUGUGGUUCGCGUCGCUCAGCAAGGUGACAGGAAGAAGAAAGGUGCUAGAGAUGCAAGCAGAUACUACCUCAUGCACCCGGACCAAGAUCCCACGGAACGAAUGCGGAAAGAGUUCGAGAAUAGUCGCGGAGACUAUCGGCGCAGAAAAUUUGACGACCGCGAACUCCAUAGGCGAAGGAGAGAUAAUGACCGCGCAAAUGGUGAUGAUGCGGGAGGUUUUUCGGCUAGUAUGUACGACGAUGCACCUACGACAGACACAGAGAUCAAUAAAGCAAGAGGUCGAGAUCUUUUUCCACGCGCCACGAAAGCGAGACGACGGAGCGCUAGUCCAGGCACGCGCAUGCGUGGCAGCGAUGACAUCGAAAUCUCGGAUUCGGAUGAUGAUGGACGGACUCGACGGAGAGGCUAUCGUGAUCGUGGUGACCGCGUGCGCUCCAACGCAGGAAAAGAGCUAUUCGGAGCAUCCACCCCAGACAACAAGACGGGUGGUGGUCUCCGAUCCGAUAAACUCGAGCUGUUUCCCAACAAAACUUCGGAUGCAGACACCUCAAUGUCGACCGAUCCAGCUCCAGCAGCACCUAGACCGACCAUCGAUGCCACACAAAAUCGGGCCAAUGCCGCCGCAGCGAAACGGCUGAAGGCUGAUCUUCUGUCCGCCGCGCAAACCUCCCCUCGCUCAAAUCACCGCAGGAGCCACGCCAUGGACGCCAAAAAUGAGGAGAAUCUCGCCGAGAGAUUUGCCAGAAAGAGCAUCUCAAUCGACAGCACCAAAUCAAUGAGGAAUGGGGCCUCAAACGCAGGAGUGGAAUUAUUCCCGUCGAGUGGCGGGAAUGCUAGCGGCCUCUCCAUCAAGGGAUCAUCCGAGGGCUCAGGUACCGGAAGCGGGUUCAGCAUCAAAGGCUCAGGAGGGCUGAGUAUCAAGGGUCGUGCUCUGGAAGUGAAGGAAUUAUUCCCCAAUCAGUACAAUCGGAGCAGCGGGAGGAACGAAGGAAAAGAGCUCUUCGACGAACCGGUCAGGGAGAAGCGAGUGAGGAGGCGAGCGGGAGAUUUGUUUGACUGA